AUGUUUGCUGAGCUGGGUCUGCUCUCAGCUGCCUGCAGUGGUGAUGCCUGGCUCUUCGUGGGGCUGAUGGCCUUCCCAAAACAGCCCCUGGACCACGUCCAGAGGCCAGGAGACACUGAUGGUUUGGGAAGGGGCCUCUCCAAGAGAACUCCUUCGGCCAUUCGUCUUACCACCAUGUUAACAACUUUCCGCACCAUUCCUCAUGGCUCAGAAGCGCAGCUUCUGAGCAUGGCACACUUUGAUCAAAAUGCAAGCACAGAAGAAGCACGAGAUCCUCUUGCCAAGAAGAAAGCACAGAAGGAGGCUCAGGAGGAUUAUGCCUUCCUAGAAAGUGAAAUUGAGUUACCCAGAAAUGUGCCUGGAGGAGAAAACAGAACUGAGACAACAGCUUUCCAACUGUCUUCUGAUGUAUCAGUUGCAAGCUCAAUCACUCCAUGCUCCACAGUAGAUGUGUCAAUGUAUUCUUCAGACAUGUCCUUUGGGGACUUGUCUCAUUCUGCCUCUGUCACAGGGACCACAGAGUCAUCCAGUUCAGCACAAUCUUAUGGCCUAGCCUACACUUUGCAAAGCAGAAUCAUAGCUCAGCUCAGAGAUGGUACUGAAAUACCAGACUGGGAGCCUACUCCACCAAGAAACCUUAGCCUUCUAUUGACAGUGUCACGAGAGCGCCAGGAUUAUUUCAGCCCUUUGCUUAUUGACUCAGGGAAGAUUGCCCAGAGCCUCAGAUGCAUAAAGAAUCAUGGAAGGACCUGUUCUGCUUAUGAGGACUACUACCAGAACUUUGCAUCCAGUGCUGUGGGAAAUGUGAAAAUUGCUGAAGUUGAUCCAGAUGGUCAUUUUAUAAAGAUCCUGAACUGUGCCCCUGAAAAAGAGGAAAACAUUGGGAAUUAUGUCUUGAAGCAGGAUAUCCAAGGUCAGCCAGUGGCUGAAUUUUGCUUUCCCCCUGAGACCAGGAUGGCAGCCAACUCCACUGUCAUGGUUUGGGCAGCAGAUGCUAAAGUGCUUCACAGACCUCCCUCAGAUUUUCUUUGGAAGGGCCUGGAGACAUUUGGGACAAGCCUCAACUGUGCUACCAUUCUCUGUGACCCCAAUGGUCAAGCUGUGUCUUGGUACACUCCUCUCUACUGGAACAGAAGGCAAGGAUGGCUGACGAAAGAGGAAAGUGGAGACUUUGAGAACAUUGUUGUACCAACUUUCUCAACAGCAAAGCAAAAAGAAGAAUGGGAAGAGAAACAGGAAUUUACAGUAACUGAUAAAGAGUGGAAGAGGGCUGACUCAGAACAAACAAGAAAAAAAGGACAAAGCUUCAUUAAAAGGGAAAAAAAGACCUUUGCACGCCUGUUUCCUAACCAGAGUGCCUGGUGCCAAAGUCCAGACUCUCCCACCCACCCUCACUUUUCUCUGGUUAGACCACUAACCCUAGGGAAUGACGGCAGCAGCUUGUGUAGGCAGUCUCGGUGUCAGUCGUCAAGGCCUGACCCCGUGCCAGCUCCUAGCUCUCCUCUGUAA